AGGAUUUGUGUUUUCUUAACGACCGUUAUCUCCAGUCGUUAAACGUUAUCUUAAUUUUAAUCGUGGAUAGCACUUUCCUGAUACUUCAUCAUGACAAUAUUGGGUGAAGACUGGUUUGCUGUUGGUGACAUAUAUUUUAGAAAGCUUCAUCUUUAUGAUAUGCCAUGGGGUGCGGGAUUUUCUAUAUCACAAUACAAAACAUCCAUUUGUCAGUAUUCUGGUUAUAUCGCAAUGUAUUUGGAUGGUCAAGCGGGAGCAAAACCUAUACUUCAGGUAUAUACAUCGUCAGGCAAACUUGUUUCCCAACAUGUUUGGAAAGAUGCACCCGGUUUAUUGCUUGGUUGGACUUUAUCAGAGGAUUUAUUAGUUGUUCAAAAAACAGGUUUUACCACAGUAUUAAAUCAUCAUGGCAAGUUUGUUCGACGCUUUAGUUUGGGACCUGAAGCUGAAGAAAGAGAAGUAAUAAGUGCUAAGUUGUUUACCGUUGAGAAUGUAAGUAGAUUUUGUUAUAUUAAUGCUAUGAAUAUGAAUUAG